GCUAUGUGCAGCUAAGCCAGAACAGACAGAUUUGCAAACAAGACUUGAAAGGGGGGAAGCAAGAUAUUCGAGCACCUAAAAUGCCUGGAAUCUGUCUGCAACUUUGUUUCCUGUGUUUAGUAGCAUUUUCUUCAGCAUGCUACAUUCAGAACUGUCCUAGAGGUGGAAAGAGAUCAUUUUUAGAUACAGAAAUCAGACAGUGUAUGUCAUGUGGUCCACGGAGUCGGGGUCACUGUUUUGGUCCUUAUAUUUGCUGUGGAGAGGAAUUUGGUUGUUAUGUUGGCACCGCAGAGACUUUGAGAUGUCUAGAAGAGAAUUAUUUGCCUUCCCCCUGUGAGGCUGGAGGAAGACCAUGCAGUGUAAAUGGUGGAAGAUGUGCAACUGCUGGCAUUUGCUGUACUGAUGAGAGUUGUGCAAUGGACUCAAGCUGCCUUGAAGGAGAUUCUGAAAAUAGACGAGUACCCUCCGGAAGAAACAUCACCCUCACUGAUGGAGCUGCAAAUGACUUCCUUCUCAGACUUAUGCACUUAGCCAAGAGGCAACAACAGCUACAGCAGGAAGAAAAGCAUCUCAUGUACUAAACUAACAAAUGUAUCACAGCUUAGUUUUAUGUCUAAGCAAAAAAACAUUUAGAGAUGUUUUACACUAAAUAAAAGUAUGUAUAAAAAAUUAAAUUAUAUUACCAGUUUUUAAUUUCAUAUGCCUUCAACUUUUACAUAAUAUUGGAAACAUUUACAAAUAUUGUAUAUAUCAGCAAAUAAAUUAUUGUUGCACUGUGAAAAAAGA